CCCAGCGUGGUCGUGGCGGCCUGCCGAUGGAGCCUCGACUAGUAGGGCCUGGGCCUUACCGAGCGACGCGGCUGUGGAAUGAAACUAUUGAACUCUUUCGAGAUGGAAUGCCAUUGCGGAAGCAUCGCAGUCAUUUCAAAAGCUACGAGCACUGCUUCACAGCAUCAGAGGCAGUAGACUGGUUACACGGACUGCUAAGGCACAAUCAGAAUUUUAGCCCAGAAGUAACGCGUACUCAAACGGUUCAGCUUCUUAAAAAGUUCCUGAAGAAUCAUGUUAUUGAAGACAUCAAAGGAAGAUGGGGCAAGGAGGAUUUUGAAGACAACAGUCAUUUGUACAGAUUUCCUCCUUUCUCACCUCUGAAAUCAUAUCCAAAGCAAUCUCCAUUCCGCAAGGAAAUUGUUAAAUUUCCACACUGGGAUGAUAUGGAAAAAGAUGCUUUCCAACAACAUAUACCAAUGAAGCCAAUUGUGUUGAACUCUGAAAUGUGGUUCAAACGUCACAGUAUAGCAAUUGGAGAAGUACAAACAUGUAGACUUGUACACCGCCAGCAAUUAACAGAGGCAAAUGUAGAAGAGAUAUGGAAGUCCAUGACACUAUCACACUUGCAAAAAAUUUUAGGCUUGGAUUCCUUGGAAGACGUGCUCAACACCAAACUUGUGAACCCAAAGCAUAUAAUGCAGAAUGUGUAUCAUAUCAACAAGCAGGGGGUUGUCAUUUUAGAAGACAAAUCAAAGGAGCUUCCUCACUGGGUGCUGUCGGCAAUGAAAUGCCUGGCAAAUUGGCCCAGGUGUCCAGACCUGAAGCAACCUACUUACCUGGGAUUUGAAAGAGAUGUCUUCAGGACUAUAGCUGAUUACUAUGACCACAUGAAAGAGCCUCUUCUUACUUUCCAUUUUUUUGAUGUCUUUGUCAGCGUGUUAGGUCUACUCCAGAAAGAGACCCUAGCCGUUGAAGCAUUGCAGGUUUGCUGCCUUCUUCUGCCACCUGAAAAUCGUCGAAAAGUGCAGCUCCUGAUAACUAUGAUGGCCAGGAUUAGUAAAAAUAAAGAUCUGCCACCUCUCUGUGAUACAGUUGGGACAAGAACACUGAUGGUUCAAACUUUUUCUCGUUCUAUUCUUUGUUCCAACGAUGAAGUGGACUUGGAUGAACUACUGGCUGCUAAACUAGUGUCAUUCUUAAUGGACAAUUAUCAGGAAAUCUUAAAUACUCCUUGUGCCCUGAAAGCUGCAAUAGAGGAACAUGUCGCACAUCUUCGAAGGGUCCAGAUCAAAUAUCCGGGAGCAGAUACUGAUGCCUCUGUGCCGGCUCCAUCAUUUUGUCAUCAAAUCAGCACUGAUGAAUUUGAAUACCAAAGAACAAAUGGCUGUCAAGAGCCACUCGCAAGUUUGCUGGAAGAAAUUGCAAUGAAUACAGAAAUGUCCAUCAAAGAGAAGAAGAAAAAGUUGAAACGAUUUCAGAAAUCCUAUCCUGAUGUAUACAAGGAGCGAUUUCCUACCCCUGAAAGUGAGGCAGUUCUGUUUCCAGAAAAAAGUAAACGGAAACCAAUGCUGUUGGUGUGGGCGUUUAAAAAGCCCUUCCAGCCAUUUCAAAGAACAAGAAGCUUUCGGAUGUAGGACUUGAAUUAAUGACUCAGUAAUGGAUCAGUUUUAUGCAUCUGGAAGAGCUGGAAAUACUGAAAAUCUACUGAAAAUCUACUGUAAAUGUGGUUGAAAGGGAAAAACGCUGGGACAGGAAACUGCUGUGCUGAGCCAUUAUCAGUAUUUGUUUUGUAAAUCUCUUAUGCCUUUCUAAAAAAAGAAGUAAAAGUUGGCUAUCAGCAAUUACUAUGUUAGAUGUAAUUUAGGAUUUGUAAAACUUAGUCUUAAAAUGGAAAACAAGUAGACACUGUUGAAAAAUACUGUAAAAAUAUUGUAUGUACUUGAAUGAACCUGAAACACUGGAUCUUGUUCUUCAUGGCUAGCUGUACAUCAGGUAGUCAGUUAAACUUUGUACUACUGACUUCACUAAUGGGCAAAAAAGCCUAUAUUCUUCAUUGCACGGCUGAGAUGGAAUGCUCAGUUUUAGAAAUGAGCUUCAAAGCACAAGCCUUCAGACUUGCAGCAUGUGAUCUUAUGAAUUGCUGUGUCAGCUGUGGAAAAGUAUUACAGCAUGUUGGCUACUGUGACACUUGGGGGAAGUAUACUGAACCCCAUUCUCUCUUCUAUGUUGGUGAGCAGGAAGUGGCACAAUCAAUUGCAAUAUUUUUGUUACUUUUAUUUACUAGUUCCUUAAUACAGGCAGCUCAUGGUUCCCAUUUGUAUAUGUAUAUAUAUGUGCUGUUUUGUCAAAAGUUUGGACUCUUUCCCAGAGUGCUUUUGUAAUGAUUUGUUGUCUCGUGAAAAGAUGUGUAUUGCUUCCCAUAUUGUAGGAACUGUACCAAUAUUACUUUUGAGUGAAUGAAGAAAUGGCUGCAUACUUGAAAUGACACUGGCUGUCUUGAGAAAAUUAAGAAGAGCCUUGGUGAAUUAGACCCGUGGGUUGAAUUGGUGCAGCAUUUUGCUUCACACAAUAGGCAACCAGUUGUGUAGGACCAACAACUAGGGCCUGGAGGUCAAUGGCCUUCCUUGAUAUUGUCUCCUAGCCCUGAGUUUCAGAGGGUUACUGCCUCUGAAUUUGGAGGUUCCCUUUACUCGCCAUAGCUAGUAGCCAUUGAUGGACCUAUUCUCCAUGGAUCUGUCUAAGCGUCUGUGCUCAUGGCCAUCAGUACCUUCACUGGCAGUGAAUACCUGAAUACCACAAUUUAAUCACUUGUAGAGUAAAGAAGCAUUUUAUUUUGUCCGUCCUUAAGCUAUUGCCCAACUUCCUUUUUUAUUUUACAGUUUAUGCCUUGGCUGCAGACAGUCCAUCAAACUAGACUGUACUAAUGCUCAUUAAAUGUUCCUCUCUUCUUCCCCACUCCCACUGCUAUAUGGUGUUUGUAAAUGCAGUCAUUAGUUCCCUUGACAUUACUGAUUGAAAGAGAUGUAAGAUUCAGGUCCAGUAGCACCUUAAAGGUCAGCUAGAUUUCAAGGGUAUGAGCUUUUAGAAGUCAGACCUUCCGUCAGAUAAAAGAGAUGCUGUUACCCCUACACACACAUACUUUAGAAGAGCACGCCCCACCAAACAAAGAUUUUUUUCUUUAAAAUAUUCUGAAGGCCACCUAGACUCCCAACUGAUAAUUGAACGUCUCAUUAGCAGAACUUUGUAAAGUGGCAAAUAAUCUUUCCCAUUGCAGAAUGGCUGUUUGGCAACAGCAAAGCUGCCCUUUAUUAAGUAUGACAUAUUAUUGUUCCAGGGUUGGGGCUCACACUUGCAUAGCAUAAUGGUCAAAGCCCUUAUCCAUGGAUGGUCACUCUCAGCCUCCUCUUGCCUAAAGACCAUCGGUUUCAGUGAGACUUGCUUCUAGGCAAAGGCUCACACACUCCAUCCAUUUGACUUUCAACCAGUUGUUGAGACUCCUUGAAAAAUAAGAUGAAAUCCAAAAUAACAGAAUAAUGGAGAGUUGCAAGAAGCUGGAAAGAAGAAUGGAUUUGGACCCCUGUAAAGUUUGAAACUUAGCAUUAGUGCUGUCUUUUCUGCCCUUGGAUUUAGGAUGAAAUCUUGAUGUAAGAAACAAGGCACAAGAGACUCAUGUAACGGGAUUACUGCAUAUAAGGGAUUGUACUGUAAAUGAAUAUUCUGAAUUUA